AUGGGAAAUCUAACGCUGAGUUCUAGCACAAUGCAUACACUAGACUCAUGGUUAUGCAAUUUGAACUCCCUAGAAUAUCUACAUCUAUCUCAGAACAAUUUGCGAGGUCCAUUACCUCAGUGUUUAUGGAACAUCAGUAACAAUCUUGAGUUUGUGGAUUUAUCAAGAAAUCAAUUUGAGGGAACUAUUCCAACACAUUUCGCAAAGGGAAACCACUGGUUACAUUAUAUCAAUCUGAAGGGCAAUCACUUGGAAGGGUCACUACCUCGAGGCUUAGUAAAUUGUAGCUUUCUUACGGUUCUAGAUGUUGGAAACAACAAAUUGGUUGAUUCUUUCCCACAUUGGUUAGAUGUUCUACCUUAUUUAGGUGUUCUUAUCUUGAGAUCUAAUCAAUUUUAUGGCAUAAUAAGAACUUCCAAGACUAGAAGUCCAUUCCAAAAGCUACAUAUAUUUGAUAUCUCCCACAAUGAGUUCUCAGGUGCUUUGCCAAGGUAUUACUUCGAGAAUUUUGAAGAGAUACGGAACGCAAGUGUUGCUACGGAUGUAAUAAUGUUUCCCUAUUACGAUUAUAUAGACCUUGUGUUGAAAUGGAGGGAGUUUCCAGUGGUGAACUUUAGCAUCUUCACAUUGAUUGAUUUAUCACAUAAUCACUUUCAUGGGGAGAUUCCAAAAGCUUUAGGUAGUCUACACUACAUUAGGUUUUUGAAUUUAUCCCAUAACCAAUUGGCGGGCUCUAUUCCAUUAUCAUUAGGAAAUUUAUCUAUUCUUGAGGUACUUGAUCUGUCAUCAAACCAGCUAGUGGGUAAAAUUCCUGAACAGCUUGCCAAAUCAUUGACAUUUCUAGCUGUACUAAACCUUUCCUACAAUCAUCUUGUUGGUCCUAUACCACAUGGUCCGCAGUUUAACACUUUCAACAACGACUCCUAUUUGGGAAAUACAGCACUGUGUGGAUUCCCACUGACGUUACAAUGCCAAGGCAGCGGGCCACCACCACCACAAGCAGUACCAGCGUCACCAUCAGGUGGAGAGGAUUCAGAAAAUUUUGGGUGGCGAAGUGUUGUUGUAGGAUAUUGCUGUGGCAUGCCAUUUGGUUUUGUGGUAGGGUAUCUUGCAUUCUUAUAUGGAAGACCAAGAUGGUUUGUAAGGUUUGUGCUUGGAGAUAAGAAGUGA